GCCGUAUAUAAGGCGUCCUAGGGGCAUGACAUUCGCAAUUCAGUCCCCUGACUUCUCCAACAAACACAAUCAUGUCUGGAACCACAGAACACACCAAAGACACAGCGCGCGUUGUUGCCGGCCUGAAAGCAGCUGUUCAUAACCCUAAUGUAUCGGAGGACGCCAAGGAGAACGCCUUGAAACGCCUUGAAGAGAUGGGCCAGUCAGUAGACCCCAUUAUGCCAGCGCAGGCAAAGGCUACUCAGUCGACAGCGGCCGAGGCACAUGAGAAGAGUGUUCUUCGGGGCUAUAAGGCAGCAACUUCCAAUCCAAAUGUUUCGGAGGAAGCCAAGCAACACGCCAGAGAAGUGUUGGAGGCUGCUGAUAUCCAGCACAAGCUCGAAUCACAUUCAGAAGAGGAACACCAGCACCGUGUCCUUGCUGGAUACAAGGCAGCCAUCCAUAAUCCAAACGUUUCAGCUGCGGCCAAGCAGCAUGCCAGAGAGUAUCUCGCUGAAAGUGGAGUUACUGAUUUGGAGUGAUUGAAAAGAAGCUGCAUAGGAUGAUUGUAUUUUAUUCGCAUUCA